GCGCAACUCUCUCCUACAAAGAGACAGCCCCCUUUGGAACAUACAGUCACACAGCAUCAACACGAGAGUAAAGAGGAAGAAAGAACAGGAAAAUGUCAAGACAUCAUAUUUUCUGCUGAGAUCUAGCUUUGAAUACAGAGUGGGACCCCUAGAAAGCAUAUAAAGAGAGAGAGAGAGAAGAAGAACAGCAUGGACCAACCAGAAGUCAAAAUCUUCCACUACAAAGACAAGGAGCAGUCCUCCAACCUGCUCCUUCAGCUCAACAGGCUGAGACAGGAGAAGAUCUUAACAGAUGUGUUACUGUGCUCAGAUAACACAGAGAUACCUUGCCAUCGUAAUGUCCUGGUCUCCAGCAGCCCUUACUUCAGAGCCAUGUUCUGUAACAACUUCAUAGAGAGACAGCAGACCAAGAUUGACUUAAAGGGCAUCACCUCAACCAUUCUCAGUAGUAUCAUUGACUAUGUUUACACCGGACUUGUUAUCAUCAGCAUGGACAUUGUGCUGCCUCUCAUGCAGGCGGCAUCCAUGUUGCAAUAUGGCCGCCUUUUUGAGGCCUGUUCAAGUUUCCUUCAGGAGCAGCUGAGCCCCGAAAACUGUCUGAGCAUGAUAAGACUCUCCGAAAUUAUGCAUUGUAGCAGUCUGAGGGACAAGGCAAAGGAGAUGGCAAUGAAGAGCUUCUCUGAUGUGUCAGCAUCUGAGGAUCUAUGUGAGCUGUCCUUACCAGAGCUCAUGGGAUACCUGGAGGAUGAUAGUCUUUGUGCAGAGGAGGAACAGGUCUUUGAGACACUUGUUGCUUGGAUCCACCAUGAUCCUUUAUCUCGGCGUGGUGCCAUUAGCGACCUUUUCAAGAAGGUUCGCCUUCGACACAUCCACCCCACCUACCUCUUCCAGUUCAUAGCCAACGACCCUCUGAUCCAGUCCUCCACCCUCUGCACAGAGCUCAUCGAAUCUGUGAGACGCCUCAUGUUUUCUGUCAACGCAAAAUGUAUGGGAGACACAGCAGUGGACUUCAAACGUCUCUGGGUAGCACCAAGGCGAUACACCUACCAUGAUAUGCUGGUGGUGGUGGGAGGGAGAAAGAACAAUGAGCAGACCUCGAGGGAAGCCCUAGUCUUUGAUGAGAAGAGCCAGAGGUGGCAGUGGCUUGCCAAACUGCCCGUUCGUCUGUACAAGGCCUCUUAUGUUGCCCUUCACAGCGUCCUGUAUGUUAUCGGAGGCCUGACCACAAACACAAAGUACAGCCAAGUCAGUAAGACUGUCUACACCCUCUCCCUCAAGACCAACCAGUGGCGAACUGCGGAGCCCAUGCUAGAGCCACGCUUUGCCCACCAGAGUGUCUCCUAUCUCCACUUCAUCUUCGUCCUGGGUGGCCUUGGGCCUGACACACGGGUGACAAACAGAGUGGAGAGGUACAACAGUAUGUUCAACCAGUGGGAGUCGAUGGCGCCCAUGCCUGAGGCUGUGCUGCACCCAGCAGUGGCUGCUACUAAUCAGAGGAUCUACAUUUUCGGAGGAGAAGAUGCGAUGCAGAACCCUGUCAGAAUAAUACAAGUGUAUCACAUUGCCAGGAACAUGUGGUCAAAGAUGGAAAACAGAACGGUGAAGAAUGUGUCUGCUCCAGCUGCCAUUAUGGAUGACAAAAUCUACAUCAUUGGAGGAUACACCAGGAGAAUGAUCGCAUACGACACCAAGGCCAACCGGUUCAUCAAGUGUGCCAACCUGAAGGAGAGGAGGAUGCACCAUUCUGCCACUGUUCUCAACAACAAACUCUACAUCACAGGCGGACGUUACAUCAACGGCCAUGAUGUCAUUGAGGACUCGGACAAUUUUGAGUGCUAUGACCUAAAGACAGACACUUGGACUUCGAAGGGGACUCUGCCAUUUAAAGUGUUUGACCACGGCUCCCUGACUCUGACAUGUGUCUCACAGACAUGGGCAAAAUCAUAGCUGAGGCAGGGAGGACAGGAUUUUGUGUAUUUCACAUGUCUAAGGUCUAAUUCACAUUUUAACUAUAUAAAUUUCACAAAGAUUUGUUUAAAAUGAACAGACCAUCAAUCACAAAUUAAUUCUGCACCAAAAAUGUACGUAUUUAAAAAUGCCUGAUACACAAAAGUAAGCAUACCUCAAGCAUUUCAAACAUUUGUGUAUAUUUAGUUGUUCUAAACAGUAACACUUGUCAUUCAUCAUUUUUAUACCUGAAAAUUUAUUUUUUUGUUUGUGUACUUUUCUCUCUGUGUUUUUAUUUUAACAUUCAAGCUUAUGAAAACAAGCUAUCCUACUGCACUGCCACUUCUCAACCUGUCUGACUUCACAGAGGGUGAAAGUGCUAUUUUCAGUCUGCUCUAAAUCAAGAGAUUUCACUUGUCACGUUUAAAUCCUUGGGCUGUGUACUGUUCAGUGCAAGUCAAAGCUAUGUUCCUCUGCUGGGUUUGAACCUGCUGCUGUGUUUGGUGAACUUUUCGAUCAAUACAAUUGAUCAAUGCUUCAAUAAUACCAGAUGUUUCAUGCAGUGGUGAAAUGAAAAAAAGAAACACACAAAAGCAUAGGACUUUGUUAAAAAUGGAGCUUUAGGGUGUGUUCAGACAAGCAACGAUAAUGUUUUUAGUUUUUGCAGUUUUUUUCCGUGGGCAUCUGAGAGCACUUUCCCAUUCACCUGAAUUUAUCUUUUUUUAAAAAUGGUUUUCUGAUGUUUUUGUAUUGUUUUUUUUCUGGUAAUAAAAUGUCACUCUUCA